CCAUUCCAUGAGCGCGGCAGUCUGGGCUGGACCAGUGCCGGGGUAGGACAGGACGCCGCCGCUCAGGAGUAGCCAUCCAACUUUGUCUUCUUUCCAAAGCCUGUUAGUCUGUGGAUGUAUAGCAUUAGUGCGUGGUGAUGGAGCGAGGUGGCGGCGGCAACAGCAACAGCGGUGGUGGUAGUGGCCUGGGGGAGGACAAUCGAUGUGCGUGCGGGCGUACCUUACAAAUGGUGGGCGUGCACGUCACCCCGACCACCGGCGGCCAAUUCGAACUUAGGGUCGCCUCCACAGACUCCAUAGAAUUCCUGCGGCGGCUGGUGUCCAAACGGCUGCGUGUCCCCAAGGAGCGCAUCUGCCUCCUCUACAGAGACAGGCAUCUGCGGGAAGGCACACUGGAGGAGAACAGCAUCAUGGACGGCUCUAGGAUUACGCUGCUGCCCUCUGUGGAGACUGGCUUACUGACCCAGAGGCCAGAGCAGAGUGUGAUGCAAGCCCUGGAAAGCUUAAAUGAUGUACAGGUGAAUGACUUCUUGACGGGGAAGGCACCACUGAACCUCACCAUGCGUCUGGGUGACCACAUGAUGCUGAUCCAACUCCAGCUGUCCACCGUGUCUCCCAGCGGCUCUCGGAGGACCCGCCUGCAGCCCUCCCACUCCCACAGCCACCAUGACCACCAUGGGCUUGGGAGUAGCCGUUCCUCCAGCCACAACCACCCCCUGACCCCACCCUACACCCCCCAUACCACCACCUGCUCUGGCUACUCCCCUGCUCACACUGCCAACCUGUCCAGCCAGACCUCGUCCCUCCCAGCCACCGCCAUGACCAUGAACACAAGUCACGCCACUGCCGCUGCCGCCACUCCCUCCCUCUCUGCGGCCUCCAACUCCACCUCCACCAGGGCCUCCUCCCCGUCCUCCCCGUCGUCUUCAUCCUCCACCUCCUCGUCUCCCUCGUAUGCAUCUGCCACGCUCCACCACCAGCACAACCUCCUCCACCAUCACCACCACCACCAUCACCAUCACCAUCACCACCAUCACAGUAUGGGGUGUAGCAGCUCUCCUUCCUCCCCACCGUCACCCUACCUGGCCACGCCCCCACAUCACCACCACCACCACCACCACCACCAUCACCACCGACCACCUGCAGGCUCUCCCUCCACCCCCAGCAGCCCCACCUCCUCAGCCUCCUCUACCUCCAGCGGGUCAAACACCAGCUCCCCAACGGGCCUGGGAUACGACGACCUGCCCAUCCGAGGCUGCCCACACCGGGGGGAGGACACUGAUCCCCGGGCCUCCCUAGACACCAAGGCACUGGCUGAAGCCUCACGCAACCUUACACAAACUCUGAAGCAGCUGUCCUCUGAAGUCCUCACUUCCAAGCCAGACCAGAAGGAGGAUAUGAUUACUCCCCCUGAAGUGACAACUGCCUCACUGGGAACGCUGGGCAGCAACAACAAUAAUAGCAACAGCAGCAGCACAACCAACAGCAGUAGCAGCAGCAAUAGCAGCAGCAGCAGCAAUAGCAGCAGUACCAGCAGCAGCAACAUCAGCAGCAACAGCAACACCAGCAGCAGCAGCAGCAGUAGCUCUAGUACUAGUAAUGUUAGCAAUAGUAACAGUUGUAGUAAUAGUACCAGUUCUAUCAGUGGCACUAGCAGUAGCAAUAACAGCAGCAGCAUCACCAACAACAGCAACAGCAAUAGCAGCAGUAGCAACAACAACAGCUCCAGCAACAAUACCAGUAGCAUCAGCACUAGCAGCACCUCUAGCAGCAGCAGCAGCAGCAACAGCAGUAGUACCAGUGGCAGCAGCCCCAGUGCCGGGCCCAAGAAGCAGGGAGCCAUUAUAGAGAGCAUGCACCACCACGGCAAGGGCGUGUACUCAGGCACUUUCUCAGGGACUCUAAACCCAGCACUGCAGGACAGACAAGGGCGACCAAAACGGGACAUCUCCACCAUCAUCCACAUCCUUAAUGACUUGCUGUGCGCCACACCUCAGUACAGACGUCACUCCACCAACAUCACCCUCAGCACCUCAUCCCCCACCACCAGCCAGGGAAAGACCAGCUCUGGCUCAUCUGGUGCAGGUCUGCAGCAGGUCAAUGUUGCCUCGGCCACAGCUGCACUUCAGCCUCAGGACAACCUGGCUGAGUCUGCUGGAAGGAAGAACACUGGCACCACUCAGACAACUGAACAAGAUUCAGGCGAUGAGAACCAGGCAAUGCGGACCAAAGUGGAGCAGCUGCGCCUCAUCAUGGAGCAGAGACGUGCACGGCGCAAGGCUCGCCGUGAUGCCCGUGCCCGGCCUUACCCCACCACCCCCAGCUCCUGGACCAGUGACACCACAGUCCCCACUGUUGUCACCACCAGCAGCACCACCACCAGUGCCACCCAGGCCAUGGAUGUGGACAGUGGCACGGCAGAGGGCACGGAUCCCACAGCACUGUGUGAAUUGAACUCGGAGACUGUGGUGGCUUAAUGCUGGCCCACUGCUAGAGGAAUGUUAAGGGUUUGUUAAAGGGAGGCAGUGGCGUGCUGUGCCGAGCUGGCCGCGUUGUAGUGGCUGUAGUGGUAAGUGGUGAGGAGUGUUCUUUGCACAACUGCCUGUUACCCUGGGUACUGACUUGGCCAAAACCUGGAAGGCCCAUUUACAACAGGCUUAGGGUUUGGCAAGUAAUAAGGGAAUGCAAGCUGUUUCAUCUGUGAUUUAGGGGUGAAUGUGUUGCAGUUGACUUGCAGUGCAGUGUUGGUUGAUGUUGUGCUUCCACAGUUGGAAAAGUGACGAGUUUCAGGCAAAUCAUGCAAGAGUUAGGUAUACAUGCUUAGUUAAAACCGUCUUGUAAUGUGACAUUAAAUGUCUGUAGAGAAUUUCAUUAUGUGGAAUUGAUCACCAAACUAACAUGGUAUAAAGAUAGAGUUGUAGCAGUUUGCACAAGACGUUUGAGAAACCCUUAAUUCAUCAUUGUAGUGCCCUGAGACUCAGCCUGGCACCCGUCUGUGGCCAGCAGGGACGUGGUCCACGUGGGUGUUGAUGGAAUUCAGGACUUGUAUCAGGUGGCCUUGAGAUUCAAGUGAUUUUGAGACCUUCAAGUGAUCGUUCAGCUGCAUGUCAACUUGAAGCUGGAUUUUUUUUCUUCCUUUUUAAAGUGGACUGUCCUAAGCUGUCAAGUAAUGUGUCUCAGAGCCUGUCACUUGAGGGUCCUCAGCCUGCAAAAUGGGUGAAGUACUCAAAAGUUCAUUAUUAUUUGAGCACGAGGCCGCUCGUACGGGGCAACAGUUAUAGGCUACAUCAGAGGGUAUUACAUCAUCUGAGCAAAGGUUUAAUCUACCUCGUCAUAAAACCAAUCACUUAAUUCUUUACUACAAACAGAUCAUAUUAACCCUACUCUAAUAUUAUAUAAUAUACAGUAUGCUGUUAUCAUUCAGGAUGUCACCUUGGCUCUUAUAGCGCCAUAUAUUCAAUUGCCAUAGUUACAUGUAGAUGUGGUUGACUCACCUUUUGUGUCUAUUUUGGCUUGUAAGAAUCAAGAAUCACCUUAGCCACUUGCUAUGGAGAUGACGCUGCUUUAUUUCUUGACUUGAAGUGACGUGUCCAAGUGCGGGUUGACUUUGUAUGCUUCACCAGUGCUGUAAAUAACACAUAAAGCCUUUCAAGGUGCAGAGGCAUCUCCAUACAGGAAAAUUAAAAAGGAUGUGUAGUCUGUGUUUAAAAAUUAUAGGACAUUACUUUUAGGCCCUUGGGUAACAUAGAUGAAGGUGCCAAGCAAUCAUCUAUUGUAUUGCAUCAUAAACAAAAAUUGAACCUUUAACUCCUACAUUAUGGACAAACAAAAUGCUGGUCUGUGCUCGUGUGGUGUGGGCAGCUGCAGAAUGGCUUUGUUGGUGACAGGUCAAGAAACACAAGAAAGAAAAAAUACAAAAAAAAAAAAAGCUCAGAUUUCAAUGAAAUUUACCUACAGGUGAAGAUGUGCGAACUUUCAUACUUUUAAUGUAUGAAUUUGAUUUUUCUGCAAGGGACGUACCUUCAGCAAGAUCCCUAAAUUGUUCGUAGAUUCACGUUAUGUAUCUGUUUUUCCUGGUAAUGGUGCAUUACCAGCUUGUUACGUGGCAUUGCGUUACUUAGUUGAUUCAUUCUCAUGCUCAGUGCUCAUUCUAGUGUGGAGAGAGGACAUGGUGAUGGUGCUAGUGGUGACAAACCUCAAAACACCUGCAAAACAACAAAAAAUUAGGAAAGGAAAGUGUAGGAUAGUUACAUUUCAUUAAUUCACUGUAGCAAACUUGUGUGAUUAAUUGUUUUGAGUGUGGAAUAUGCACUAUGUGACAACUCGUUGAGCAGCAGAGAAGAGGAUCUCUGCAUCUUGGUGUUCGAGCUUUGUUACCACUGCAGCUAAACUGUAAAUGGCUCGCUCUCCUGUGAGUUGGUCUGGUGGUUUAGGUGUGUAUGGUGCUUAAUUAGUUCUUUCACCCUUGACAAGUGUUUAGCAUUAUGAUAACUCUUUGAUAUUUUUAUAUAAAUAACGGUUUAUAGUUGAUAUACAUACAAAAGAUGUCUAUUCCCUAAUGAAGAUUGAUUCUUUAGCAAUUGACUUCUAUAUUGAUUUCACUCACAGAUGGCAACUGUGUCCACAGUGAUUAGAAGUAAACAUUUGUUAUUAGUUAUUGGAUUGAGCAUCAAGAAAGGAUUAAUUUGCAAAACAGGAAUCAAAUGUUUCAACAACUGCUGUAAACGGCAACAGGCCUUUAUACUUUUCUGAAGAAUUAGGAAGUGUGAUUUGUACCAGACAGUGGCACAGCACCAAGUAAUAAUGUCCUGAGUUAUUUUGAUUGUUGUUGAAGGGAAUAUUGUUCUUAGCUCUCCUAAAGUACUGUGUAAGAGUAUUGAAAUUUAGUGAGCUACUUCCAUUAUCCUCUUAAGCUAUGUUUGCAUCUUGAAUUUCUGUUUCCAAAGUUUACAUAUCUUCACUGUAGCAAGUUUUUUUUUUUUUUUUUUUUUUUUAAUGCCUUGUGUUAUGGAAUAUAUUAUGAAUUUAUGUUAAUGCUAUCACAGUAACUUGACACAGCAUUGUUAAUGCAGGUGUCUUGUUAUCAAGUAUUGUAAUGUUACGUAAUUGUGUUUCACAUGUUGUGUUAUGGUAAUUAGAGUUAUUGAGGGUAUUAUUAACUUGUUGAUGUUCUUGGUUUUGAAGAAAAAAAAAAAAAUGUAUGAUACAGCCUCAAACAUGGUUGAAGUCUGUGACAUGUGACAAAAAAGUGUUGUAUGAAUGUGAUGCUGCUGACAGUCUCACACAGCGCAGUUAUUGUGAUACUAGGCAAUGACAGACACCACAGCAGUGUUCUUGUUCUUGGCUCUUCUCCGCCCUCCCUCCCCUGCGAGGUGAGGGCCAGGAUACACCUCUGCCUUGCUGACGAUGGUGUUCCUCACCUCUCCGGGCUGAGACUUGUUUUGUUUUACCACCAGCGAGGGUCACUUCUGAGGCUGAAGGGUUCCGUGAUUGGUGAGGGUGCUUCAUAAAAUUGAACCAAUGAUUUGGAACUAGAUUCACUUCAGCUGUAUUAAUGGGUGGUAGGUUCUGCUCGCCUCAGACGUGACUUUCCACUCUAGCCCAGCGCUCUAACAGUCUGGCUCUUACUCCCAGUUUAGGAAGGUUUUUUUGUUUUCUUGGGUCUUCUCUUGCUGUAACUGAAAAAAAAUGGAAAAAAUCAGAUUGUAGUAUUAUGUAUAGACUUUUUAUGACUUCCUGGGUUUAUUUUUAUAAGUCUUAGGGUAAUUUUCUUAACUCCAGUCUGUCCUAUCUCUUCCAUCAUGUUAGUUUCAUUUAUCUCAUGGAUCAGGAUGUCCAUAAAUGUUAGGCUGGAGGUACAUAGGGCAUUUCAUUAACUUAUUAGAUCUAUCAGCGAAUCAAUAGUCAUGCUGAAUUAUCAAAUGGGAAAAUAAAGACUAGUCGCUUGCCUCAAAUCUGAAAGUUGAGAUCAGUUCAAACUGCUAAGUAAAGUGUUGUCUUGUCCUCUCGUAGCAGAUGGUAGUCCAGAAGCUAGGGUGAGGCCAGCCCAAGGAACAAAUUUUUGACACCCUACCGCUGGCCCCAGGUGCUCCCCUCACCACCGAGGAGGAGGAGCCCCCUGUCAUACCUCAUGUGGCUCAGUUCUUUACCCCCCUGACAGUGAAGCAAUUUUUACACCACCGGGUAAAGUUAGGCUCAUCACGACAUAGCCAUAGUUACAGACAGUAAGCAAUGGUGAUAUUCUAUAUUGUUGGAAUAUUAGGAACCUUUUUUUAAAGUGCUAGUUUGUGUCCCAUUUUGAAUAUAAGCCUUGUGCUCUUCUUUACUAUCCGCCGUGAACCUCGUGAGGUAAUAUCGUCACAAUUCAUAAGGAACAAAAUUGUUGAAGGCAUAUAUUCAAAUGUGUUCCAUGCCAUAAUAAUACUUAAAAUCUUAAUAAUGCAAUAUUUCCAAGUAUAAUAUCAUAGGUGCAGAAUUUAUAAAGAUUAAUAUAUGACAGAAUCCGUAUACAAUAUGGGCACCAGUCUUCUAGGAUACUUUCACAAUACUUCUCAGGGAUUUUCUUCUCACUGCUCAUUCCCCUGUGUUUGCUUCUCUUUGUACGUUUAAAUUGGAUAUAUUAACUUCCUUCAGUAGUCUGCAAAUUUACUAGUUAUUUGAUACCCUUCACGAGCCAUUGCUGGGGCUUUUAAUGACGUAGUUGCAACAUUAGUGAUGGAACGCUUUAUAACACAGGAAAAUGUAUGUGUAAAACGAUAAGUACAUUUCUCAGUCUACAAAAUGCGGGUAUGUGACUAGGACCAAGAUUUUUUUUUUUCCUGUUCCUCAGAGAUGAAACACUGUGUUACUCUGAAAUGAUAUAUUAUUUACAGAACGCCAGAUGCAUAGCUAACCAAUUGAUUUAGGAAUACACGUAAUGGCAGGCCAGGUUUUAGGUGUUCGCUACAACCAAUAUGAUAUGAUAGCAUCUCUCAUGGAUUUUAACAUUUCAAGCAGGGAAGAAGCUUGCUGUCUGUAACCAUUGCUAUUGAACAUAACUAAUCAUCCUGUACAAGUGUGUUAACAAGGGUUGGUCUGCUGGUGGCAUGUCAGUCCCUAAGGUUUAUUUAAUUUAUCACCCGUGCACUUAGGAAGGGAUCCCAGUCUGUGGAAGAGCAUGCCAUUGUCUGCCGGCCUCAAACUUCACUUGGCAUGAUACGCAGUUUAGCUUUCGUCUCUUACAUUAACUUCUGAUCUCUGCUUGUGUGUGCUUUCAUACUGAUCCUCAAUUUUAAGCUGAAGUCAGCAGAGAAAAUGCAAAAAUCAGACAUAUAACUGAUAUAGGAAGAAGAGGCUAUCUGAAGCAAGCUCCAUUUGAUUUUUUUUUAUUAUAGUUACCACCUGGAGGCUUUUCCUGUCUAAACACUUUAUUGUUAUUAUUUUCUCACUUCUGAUUUGCUUGGCCUAAUCAAGCAACAAAACAAAAUUGGAGGAGUGUAGCGACUGGCACAAGGAGGCGGCCGUGCUGGCUCCCAACCGAGUGUUUCAGAUCAGACAGUUGGGUAUGUCAAAUAAUUUUCUUAUGUUGCUGAAUAUUGCCUUUAAUCUCAUUAGAUAUGAGUGCUGUGUAUUUGAAUCAGAAGAUACAGCACUAUAAUUAACUGUUAGAGCUUGAGGCUUUAGUUGGAAAUAAUAAUAUUAAUGUUCAUCUAGCAUGUAUAAAGGGAAUAAAUGCCACUGAAAUGUGUAGUGAUAGGAUAUUUCAGGUCAGUUCCCAUAUACAUUGCAUGCACUACUAGUUUGGUGUUCAUAUUAUAAAAUAUAUACAGAAUCAGCGUUACACAAAAAUACACAAGGUUAGUUUUUACUUAAUAUCUCCAGUUAUAACCUUGUCUACUUUUGUUACCAAGAUCACUAGAUGCUGCUGUUAAUGCUACUGAUAGAUAGAGCAGUGAUUUAUGGAUCCCAAGUAUAGCUUUCUGUUGGACUCAGGAUGUUAUACAAAUAUGACGGAAAGAGUGACCUUGUCUGAAACACUCUACAAUUUUUUUUUCCAAUAAUUGCAUCAAACAGGUGUUUAAGUAUUGAUUGCAACAUGCAGUACUUUGCACUACAACAAUACUUCACUUGUACCUUUAGCAUUAAGAUUUUUUUUUAUAUUUUAUUUUUUAUUUUUUUUUUUCCCCUCUGUUCAAAGUGGUAUGGCUGAUAUUAUGUUGUAUUUUGAAAGGUGUGUAGAUUCCAUGUCUGUUCUUCACGUUAAUAAAAGUAUGUUGGAAA